AUGCCUCUCUUGAAGAAUGUUUCAUUUACAAUACCUAGUGUUGCUAUUGUUGGACCAUCGGGAGGAGGAAAGUCGACUAUCUUGCACCUGCUGUUUCGUUUCUUUGAUGUCCAGGGUGGUCAUAUUCUCGAUAUCGUUCUAUUUAGCGACACUGUAAAAUACAAUGUCAAGUAUGGUAAAUUUCACGCAACCGAUCGACAAGUAGCGAGAGCAGCCCAAAUUCACGAUAAAAUCUCGGACUUCCUAAUGGCUAUGAUACCAAGGUUGGAGAGAGAGGUCUGA